GUGGGCUUUCCAAGGUAGCAGCCUUUUUAGAGCAUCAUAGAUGGAGGAGCCAAGCGGCGGCGGAGGAGCAGGCAAGGCGGAGUCGAUGAACGUGCUUGUGGCCAUUGACGACGGCGAGGAGAGCUUUCAGGCUCUCGAGUGGGCCGUCACCAGAAUCUUGAAGCCCAACGAAGGAGAUGAUGAUAAUGCUUCUAUAGUGGUCACUAUAGCUCAUGUAGUCGAGCCUCUGCCUCACUAUGCCUUUCCCGGUGGAUAUGUUUUAUUGAAAUUAUGGCAAUUUUACAAAUCAAUAGUGUUGGAGUCUUCUACCAAAGCACAAGAGCAGAAUGCGGCAAGAGUCCUUUCCCGGGCCUUUGAGAUGUGCAGAGACUAUGGGUUGAACGCCAAAACCGUGAUUUUGGAGGGCGACCCGAAGGACAGAAUUUGCCGUGCCGUGGAGGAGAUGAACAUUCAUCUUCUUGUUGUUGGGAGCCGUGGACUCGGCCAGAUUAAGAGGGCGUUUUUGGGGAGUGUGAGCGACUACUGUGCCCACCACGCGAAAUGUGCGGUGCUUGUGGUGAAGCCACAGCCAAAGAAGAAGGUGUCCUGAGGAGUACGAAUUGAAGAUACUAUGUAUAUAUGGGUGUAAUUGUGUAUGUUUGUGAGUUAAAAAAAUACAUUUUAGUAAAUAAGUGUGUGGCUUUGUGAAUUCGGUUCACUAGGUUGGAUUAAUGUCCGAGCAUGUAUCCAUUGAUUAUUGGCAACCGGACUCCGACUUGAGCAGGAUCCAAUUUCAGCUAAUUAGAUUGUUUUAUUGUCCAUCUCAGACUUCGACUCAGAGCAUGAUCUAGGAAUGGGUAAAUUAUUUUAUUGUUCAUCCGUCG